AUGAAUUUUUCAUCCCCAGCAGUAGUAAAGCCAGACGUUACGUUGUCCCUCACUUUAUCGUCUACCACCACCACCAUCAGCAGUACCACUACGACUGAAGAACGAGGAGUCAAACUAAUCCAACUCUUGCUUACUUGUGCUAACCAUGCUUCCUCUGGUAAUAUCCACCAUGCCGAUGCGUGUUUAUCCCAGAUUCUCCAACUUGCGUCUAUCAAUGGUGACUCCAUGCAACGUCUAGCCGCCUGGUUUGCCUCGUCCCUAGCCAUACGCCUUGUCAAGCGCUGGCCUGGCCUCUACAAGGCCUUAAAUCAUCAAGGACCGGUACCUAGUUCUAUUGUGGAUCUUGAUCGGCCUCCGAUCAUCUUUGCUAAAACCUUCCCGUAUAUGGGCUUUGCAUAUGCUGUUAUUAACAAGGUCUUGAUCCAAGGCAUGUCCGAGGAACGUAUGAUCCAUAUUGUCGAUUUGGGCUAUGGAGACCCAAAAUUGUGGGUGCCUUUCCUAAAAAAUGUUGCUAAUUCACCAAAUGGACCUCCCCAUUUGACAAUCACUUGUGUGAACAAUAACAAGUCCAUGUUAGAGGAAAUGUCUAUGAGCGUUAAAAAAGAAGCUGAAACUUUAGACAUACCCUUUCAAUUCAACCUUGUGAAUGUUAGUCUAAGAGAUUUGUCCAUAGAUAUGAUCAAGGUAAAACAAGGUGAGUCAUUAGCAAUUGUAUCAGUACUAAAUCUCCACGUCUUAUUGGCCGAGGACGAUCGUAUUAAUUCACAUUUUGGGCUAAACAAGAACAAGAAUAGUUUAAAGGAUUGCAAAAGAAUGAGUGAAUUUCUAGCAAUGUUACAUUCAUUUUCACCAAAAUUGUUGAUCCUAGUGGAACAAGAAGCUGACCAUAAUUUAAGCAAAUUAGUGGAUAGAUUUGUGGAAGGAUUACAUUAUUAUAGUGCGUUAUUUGAUUCCAUUGAUACCACAUUAGGAAGGUCUUAUUCAUUAUAUGAAGAGAGGGUAGCAGUGGAACAAAUGUUGGGGAAAGAAAUAGAAAAUAUAGUGGCAUGUGAAGGUUUGGAGAGAGAGGAAAGGCAUGAAAGAUUUGGUAAAUGGAUUGUGAGAUUGACAAGUGGAGGAUUUAGGCCGGUGCGAUUAUGGUAUGACAUCAUGGAAGAUGCCAAGAGAUUGGCGGAGACUUAUGGUGCAGAUGGUUACAAGAUUAUUACUCAGAGAGGAAGUUUGAUGAUAUGUUGGCAUGAAAGACCAAUAUAUUCUGUUUCAGCAUGGACUGCUAUAUUUUAGCUAAAUUUGUUUAUUUCAAUUUUGUGAAUUUUUUUGUUAUAAUUGGAGUAGAAAUGUUGAUGCAACUACUAAAAGCACAUCAAUAUAUAUUCUUUGAGGAAAC